CGCCUGGGCUCUGCCCCCGCCGCAUCCCGCAGCUGACGGGAUGGCGGAUGGGACGGAAAACUGCCUGGAGGAACUCGAAGGAUCCGAGCUGUGUUGGGACCUGUCUGAGGUGGACAUCCCCCAAGAGCCAAACCCAAUGGCGCAGCGUGAGUGUGAGAGUCAACCGCAACAAGUCUGUGAAGAACCAAGCGAUGGACGCCCGUCACCGAGGAAGAGCGGACGGCUGCAAGCCCGCCGUGGGAGCCGUGCAACGAAGAAACCCUAUAUCUGCAGCAAGAGCGGGGCCACCCAUGAGGCCCCCUAUAGCUGUCCCGACUGCGGGAAGAUCUUCAGUCGGAGGUCCUUCCUCAUCCCCCACCAGCGCAUCCACACCGGUGAAAAGCCCUUCACCUGCCACGAGUGCGGGAAGGGGUUCCGAGUUGGGUCAGCUCUCAACAAGCAUCAACGGAUCCAUACGGGUGAGAAACCCUACAAGUGCUCGGACUGCGGGAAGCGUUUCCGUCUCACCUCCACCCUCAGCACCCAUCGGAAGAUCCAUACCGGGGAGAAACCCUACGUCUGCCUCGUUUGCGGGAAGACCUUUCGGUUGAGCACGUAUCUCCUGGCCCACGAAGCCACCCAUAGCGUGGACAACCCUUUUCGGUGUCCUGCCUGCGGGAAGAACUUCAGCUUGAGACGGUACCUGGCUAUUCAUCAGCGGAUCCAUACGGGAGAGAAGCCGUUCAAGUGCUCGGUGUGCGGGAAGGGUUUCAACCGGAGAUCGACCCUUAUCGUUCACCAGCGGGUCCACACCGGGGAGAAACCCUACAAGUGCCCCGAAUGCGGGAAGAGCUUCAUCAUGAGUUCAGACCUCGUCGCCCAUCGGAGAAUCCACACCGGGGAGAAACCCUACAACUGUCUCAAUUGCGAUAAAAGCUUUCGGUUGAGCUCCCACCUUACGAGACACCAGCGAAGCCACACCGGGGAGAGACCGUACAAAUGUAUGGAUUGCGGGCAAAGCUACGCAGACAGCUCGGGACUCAUCAAACACAAGAAGAUCCACAUGGAAAAGAAGCAGAGGACAUCUCAGGGAGCCCACCCAGGGGAGGGACGUUAUAAAUGCCCCUACUGUAGUAAGAGCUUCCAUGCAAAGUCAGCUCUGGUCCUUCACCGGGCUACCCACACCGGAGAGCGACCCUAUAGAUGCUCCAAGUGUGAGAAGACCUUCAGACACAGCGCAACGCUACUGAAACACCAACGAAUCCAUACGGGGGAGAGACCCUUCAAGUGUCCCGACUGUGAGAAGUGCUACAACGACGGUUCAACCCUUCGGAGACACCGGAAAAGCCACACGGAGGAGAAACCCUAUAAGUGUCCCAGCUGUGGGGAAUGUUUCGGUGCCAUCGCAGCUCUCCUGAAGCAUCAGCGGUUCCACACCGAGGGGAGACCUUACAGAUGCUCCGACUGCGGGAAAAAUUUCCACUCUAAUUUUCUCCUCGUCACCCACCAACGAAUCCACACGGGAGAAAAACCCUACACCUGCCCCAUCUGCAAAAAAACCUUCCGCCAAGCCUCCCACCGUACGAGGCACCAGGAGAUUCACAGGAGGAUCAGGCCUGGCGUUGCUUUGGGUGAUGUGUCCGAGCACCACGUGCAGAAAGGCAAGAGCCGGCACAGAGCGGGAGCAGAGGUGGGAUGUGAUGAUGAAUUAACGAGUCCAGAUGGUGCUUCCACAGCCCAACAAUAAAAGAAUUGGAGAUGCCCCGAGUUCAUCGACGGGUCCAAGUUACUCAUCGGUAGAAGAUGUGGCCCGUGUCCUACCUGAUAACCAUGGUUGUGUAAGUCUUUGCACACCCAGGUAUCGAUUUGAGCCCAGUAUUAGCGAAUUACUGGUGCCGUGGGGUUCCUAUGUCAAUGUUUUUGUAGCGUGACCCUUAUUCUUCUCACCCUGUUGACACUGAGUGCCUUUGGGCUAAGGCUCUGAUGGCUCUCGCUUUUAAAUUUAAUAUUAUUCCCUCAUCUCCAAGUCCACCUCCUCCCAAACUCAUCACAACCGACCCUCCAACCCAUCCUUCUCAGCUCACCCUUGACUUCAUCCCCCAUUUUUACUGAAGUAGGUCCCAAUGGGAUUCGGAAAAAAUCAUACUCAACAACUACUUUUGGAUCCCAACUGGUCCUUCAAAUGAGUUGAGCGAGCAGUAUUAACAAAUACAUCCAGACUGGACCCACCUUCUCGUUUGCCGUUGACGAAGGAUGGCUAGCCUGGCUCCGUAGCCAUGUCCUACCUCAGCUCAACUUACGCCCAUGCAGGGACCCCCCCCUUUUUGGGGACAGGCAUGGGAGUGCUUGAUGGUAUUGACGCCAAAGUCCUGGUCCAGAAGCUAGACGCAAUGACUACCUCGCUGUGAAAUCUUCGUAUUCCCUUACAAUCAUCGUUACUUAAGAUGGGAAUGGGACUGUGGUUGACCCCAAACGCUGUCCCUUAAGGAGAACGUCCAAUUUACGUUGACCACAUUAUUACUAAAUGCCUUGGGGGUAACCCGAGGGAACGUUUGCUUGGCUUUGAGUUGCCUUCAGACCCAACGGUGGGUUCAAGCUGAAACGUCAAGAGAAGGUGACACCAGAAGUCUACCUGCUGUGGGUCCAAGCUGAGACCUCAAGAGAAGGUGACACUAGAAGUCUACCUGCUGUGGGUCCAAGCUGAAACCUCAAGAGAAGGUGACACCAGAAGUCUACCUGCUGUGGGUCCAAGCUGAAACCUCAAGAGAAGGUGACACCAGAAGUCUACCUGCUGUGGGUCCAAGCUGAGACCUCAAGAGAAGGUGACACCAGAAGUCUACCUGCUGUGGGUCCAAGCUGAAACCUCAAGAGAAGGUGACGCCAGAAGUCUGCUUGCUGAAAUUCGUGAAGUUCCCUGGGAUGACGCCACCGAAUGUCACCUACGAGCCUGGUGGCACUUGGGGAAACUUUGCUUAUGAUGGAAAUGUGGACGUAGCUUGACUACCUGAGAUGCCGCUUCUGAACAAGCCUACCCCAUCGCGCCUUUGGGGUCUACACCAAGGCGGAUCCGUGAUCCGUCUCAUGGACAAGAGCCCUGACGAGGAACGAAAGGAUGGCCAUCAGUAGAUGCUGAAGAUCCCAUCCCAGAGCCAGGAGUGGGGUCCGCGGGGGAAGAGAAUUCCUUUUGAACCCCUAAUCCGUGCCUUAAUUCCCUUGGGGGAGUCAUUUCCCAUCACGCCUCCAGGAACCCACCGAGAUGAUGCUCAUCUACGCCAGGAACGGCUGCUUAUGUUUACGAUCUGUGCGUUAUUUUCUAUAUAUUGACUCUUUGUAGCCACACUACAAGUAUUAAUCUGUUUGUAUCUUUACUACCCAAUCUGCAUGUGGUUUUAACUCUACCGCCCCAAAUUACCACUUGCCAAAUACCGUCAGCUAACUCUACCCACUACCACCACGUCAUCCCUACCCCUCUCCGUACGAAUUUAUCUCUUAAUUGCGCAUUUUUUUGCAGCAUAGACACUUCGAUCAGCUGUUGAAACGGGCAAAGGAGCACGCACAAUGAACUCGAAAUUAAUUGAACCUUUAAUACAACGUACGCUUUAAGAACUGCCGCCCCGAUACCCGAAAAAUCAGACCGAUUCCCGAAUACGUUCAAAAAAUAGUCCAGCGUCGGUGGCGGGAAUCCAUUUUAGGAUGGUCUCCCACCCGUAUGGUCGGUCGUUGGUUCAGAUGAUGCUUGCACCGCUCAACGCUAAGAGAGGAUGAUCUGAUCGGGGACUUUGAAACGCUCCAAGCCCCUUAAUUAUUCUAAUAUAUACGUUAAAAAUAUAUGUUAGAAUUCAUUUUUAGCCCAGUAUGAGUGAAUUAUUGGAUUUACGGUUGUUUCCAUCCAGAAAAUUGUCCUACUCUUUGCACGCUUAUUGUGAAAUAAACGGUUUAUUCCUCAA